AUGCAGGCCCCUCCUCUUGUAUACCCCUUGUCUCUAGUGCCUCUCGUGGUUCUCGGUCUUCUCAAGUAUGCAUACGUGAAGUACCGCAAAGCCCAAUCCAUACAUUCCGCUGGUAUUUCAGACACGUCGCGUUUGGAACUGCAGCUCUUCAACAGGAUCAAGCUGAAGAUCGAACCGGUGCAGACCGGCUAUCUUGUUGGCUUCUUGGGGUCUCCUAAAUGGGAAACAAGAAUCAACUGCAGGACAACCAGAGCAGCCCGCAGGCCGCCUCUACGUGGAAUUGUCACGUCAAAGGUCUCCUCUCAGCCGUCGUCCAACCUUCUUGGUGACUCUUCGCGGAGCAGCGGAAAAAAUACAUCGACUCUACAUGCAUCACCUGAGGUGCCUUCGCCUACUUUGAUGCAGAUCAUGGGACCUGUGUUGUCUUCAUGGUACGACGACACAGGAGCGCGAGACCUGGAAAUCGAGCAAGAUCAUUCUGCUAGCUCAGGCACCGCAUCUGGCCAGAACCAGUCUCGUGUCGGAUCACGGUCCCCCAUCUCGAUCUAUCAAUCGCCAUCACUCUCUGUGCCUGCUCCUGCCCACACCUUGGAUUUGCGUCCACGUUCUUGGGACAUUCUGUCAGGAGAAUGGCAAGGGUCCAAUGCUAAGGCGACCGUUCACUCCGGCUCUGUGCUGCAGUCUCCCCCGAAUCGCUCGCCGACAUUUCCUGCCACGUCCCAACAUGCAGAGUCUGAUGCACGGGGUCCAUUGUCACCUAAUACGCGUCCUUUGAACAUCCUUCCUAAACUUCAAGGUGCUUCCUCGCCCCCCACUUCUGCUUCGUUCGGGUCUCUGUCUCCUCUAGACAUUGUAAGCGGCAAGGCUCGCUAUGUGCCGAAGGCGGUGGCCUUACAACGCCGCAAGAGUGGCAGCCCGCCUGUUGGCCCCUCGCCUCUGCGUAAUUCUUUGUUCAUUGAGACCUCUGCCAGUAUGCCUGCAAUGGAUAUAUCCAGGCCUAUCAGUGAUGCUCCAUCGGGCAACGGGGCGUGGAACCUUGAAGAUCUUGUCAAAGACGGCCAGCUUGACGUGGAUGCUGUCAGUGCAGUCCUGGGGCUAGGUCUAUCGAUAAUAGAAGACGAGGAUGACGAUAAGGACGACCCUCGCCGCCGUGUAACAGACAGCGAGGUGGAACAGUCACACGAACAGCCCAGCCCCGAUCGUUUUGCGGGUAUGGGAUGGGGCCGAGCAUGCGAGACUGGAGUAACGACGCUGCAGAUGCGCGUGCCGGGUGAACAGCUUACUGCUAUUAUGGAGGAAACGGACGAGUUGUCCAUCAACGAGAGCGCGCGAACCUCGGCAGCAUCACUCCUACAUGGCGUCCUGCAGUUCUCGGGCCCAAGCCUGGACAGGCUGAUUGAGGUGUCCUGCAGAGCCUCCGUCAUCGAUUCUGAAGACGGUGAACGCGACGCAGACGAGCUUGAUCGGGCGAGUGUUUGGGCCGACGAGCAAAGCUGGAGGGAUAGUAUGUCCGUCAGGUGA